GCACUUCACAUUCUAUCCUCUAUCAAAGAGUCAUUCAAAUAAUGGCUUACAGAGCAAAGAAACAUUCAGUAAAAGUCUUCUUUCAUUAGUGUUUCAUUAGUUGUGUCUUCCUCCGCGACAAGAACAACACCGAGCAAUGGAGACAUCUACGUAGAGGAGAUAAUAUGCGUUUUUCCUCAGUGAACUAGCAAACUAACAAACUAGCUUAGGUUAGCUUCGAGCGCACAGACACAGCUGUUUCAGUUAGGUAGAAAACACAACAACAUGUAUUUGUUCUACACAAUUAUUGCAGCAUUGGUUUCUUUUUUCGUUUUGAAAUGGAUGAAAAAGAGGAGGUACUGCACUGACCUGAAAAGACUCGAUGGCAAAACAGUUCUCAUUACAGGUGGGAGUUCUGGUAUCGGCAAAGAGACAGCCGUUGCCUUGGCCAUGAGAGGAGCCCGUGUCAUCAUCGCUUGCAGAGACCAGGACAAAGCUGCGAAGGCUGUGAGAGAGAUCAAAUUUAAGAGUCACAGUCUGAACGUUGCUCACAUGGAGCUGGAUCUGGGCAACCUGCGCUCUGUGAGGGACUUCUGCAAGAGCUUCCUUCAGAGAGAGAAGAGCCUUGACAUCCUGAUCAAUAACGCAGGUAUGCCCAGUGUCCUUGACUGGACAGACGAUGGCUUCAGCAUGUGUUUUGGCGUCAACCACUUGGGUCACUUCCUCCUUACCAAUCUCCUCCUGCCUCGUCUGAAAGAAUGUGCUCCCAGCAGGGUGAUCACCCUCACAUGCUCCAACUACAAAUACCAGAAGCUGGACUUCCAAGACCUCAACUACAACCUGCUGCCCUUCUUCACCUACUGCCGCAGCAAGCUGGCCAACAUCUACUUUAGUCAGGAACUGGCUCGCAUCACAGAAGGAAAAGAUAUCACCUGCUAUGCUGUGCACCCCGGUUUUGUCCAAAGUGGCUGGACGUGCCACUUCUCCAUCCUGUUCCGGAUGAUGAUGCAGGUGAUCAUGUGGAUGUUUUUUGUGCCGUGUGAGAUGGGAGCUCAGACUGUCAUCUACUGUGCCGUGUCAGACGAAGCGGCCAAACAUAGUGGCGGUUACUUUGUUGACUGCCGACCUGCCACUCUGCGUCCUUUCGCUAGAGACGCUGGUGUGGCCAAGAAACUGUGGGAGGCCAGUGAGGGACUGGUAAAACUGGUCUGAUGCUAAAAGCUGAAGAAAAGUGGGUGUUUGUUUGUUUUCUGGUGUGUAAUUUUUUAUUUAUUUAUUUUAUUUACUUUGACAUAUUUAUGUUUGAAAUAAAUGUUUUUGUUGUAUAAAAUCCAUUUAUUUUUCCCUUUUAUUCCAUCAAGACAUUCUUUGGACAUUGUCAUUUUUUGUUUUUUGCUUCCACAGUGAAAGAGCUUUGGUAUUUUAUAAUUCUCAAGAGGGAACUUGUCAUUCAAUAGAAUUAUAUUUCAUAAACAGUUGGAUUGAAUAACUUUGUAACUGGCAUUAUACAAUAUCAAUGAAAUUCAGGUUUUAAUCUACUGUAUGCAUUUCUGUAGGGAAACUGUUGUUGCCACAUUGAUGUUUCUUUACAUGUUUUUUCACUCCACAGUAAACAAUUGUUUACAAUCAAUAAUUAAAAGCAUUACUGUCAAAGGUUAUAAUAAAGGGGCGUCCCACAGCCAAAUGAUAAGGGCAUGUACCACAAGGUCACAUCCUGGCCAGACAAACCAUUUCCUGUCUAUCUUCACUGUAAUUACCAAUAUAAGGCUUAGGUGUUCUAACUUCUAAUGUAAUUAAUGAGUCAAUCAAACACGCAACUGCUGGUUAGAAAACAUGUCUGAUGUUUUCAAACUCAAAAUAGAAGGAUUUGAGUUUGAAAACAAAGUGAAAGUGUCAGGGAUAUGAUAGUUCACUCAUUUUAGUAAAAGCCUGAGAAAUUUUGACUUCAUAUGUAACAGAUGCUUGUGCUAGUUUUUGUUAUUUGUUUUAUUCUUUAAAAGCUUAACUGAAACAAGUACUACAAAUUGGCUAUGGCUGGAUGUCCUGAACAUUUUAGUUGUUUUUUCUUUUGGAACAAUACGUACAUUUAUUGUUCCUGUCAAAUCAACCAAUACAAUUUAAAAUGAACUGGAGGAUCCUAGAAUCAAACCACUGAUGUUCUAAGUAACAACACACCUAAGCCACAUCAGCUCUCACACAAGUGUGUGAAGCUUUAUUGAGAAAAUUGGAAUUUGUGAGGGCUAGGACACAUACUCAAGAUUUUCUUAAACCUUAAGUUGAAUUAUUAUUGUUUAUG